CAACCAGACUGUUCGUUGAGAUUAACGGCCACAUGGGUGUGGGGCUACCCUACAAAUGCGGGUAUGCCCCUCAAUUUUCAUUUGACCAAACUACCCUUUUGGAGGCCACCCCGUCCCACCACUAUAUAAGCAAGCCACCCCUAUUUCCAUGGUCACCUCUACCUCUCCUCUUGUUGUCUCUCGCUGUCUGUUUGUCUUCUGGGUUUUCUCUCUCUUUCUCGCCGGAAGAAAGGAAAGAGAAAACGGCAGAAAAUGGCAAUCUCCAGGGCUUCCUUGGAGUUUAAUGUGGUGGCCAUCAUGGCUCUCAUCUUCGCCAUUGUUUUGCCUGCAGCAAAUGCAGAGUCCCCUGCUCCUGCCCCAGCUCCUACCAGCGAUGGGACAACAAUAGAUCAAGGGAUUGCAUACGUGCUAAUGCUGGCGGCAUUGGUGCUCACUUACCUCAUCCACCCACUCGACGCCUCAUCUCCCUACAAGCUCUUCUAAAUUUGAUUAAUGGUAUAGCAAGAUCUAGAAAGUGAUUUGAGGGAGGGGUCAUUGCGGUUUUGGAGUGGGUGGUGUACAACAAAACUGUUUUUUUUUUUUUUUUUUUUGAGGGAUUGAGCGAUCAUGGUGAGGUAGAGAUUUUAGUGGAACAGUGCUUAUUGUGUUUUCAUCCCUUUCGUUUUUAUAAUUGAUAAUCUCUAUUUGGGUGUC